AGGGCUAGUCUGGACUGCGCUGGGCUCAGGGCGUGAGUCCUGCACCGGCGCGAGCGGAGGCCCCGGGACAGUCACUUGCGCCCGCCCGGGGACGCCGCGCGCCGAGGGACCCGGGGACGCCCGUCUGGGGCGGGGGCCGCGUUGCGGCGCCGCCCACGCCGCGCUCCAGUCAGCCAGCGUCCUGGUCAUGGAGGACUGCAACGUGCACUCGGCUGCCAGCAUCCUGGCCUCAGUGAAGGAGCAGGAGGCCCGCUUCGAGCGGCUGACACGGGCAUUGGAGCAGGAACGGCGCCAUGUUGCCCUGCAGCUAGAGCGUGCCCAGCAGCCUGGCAUGGGCAGCAGCGGCGUGGGCAGUGGGCAGCCCUUGUCGAUGGCCUGGCAACAGCUUGUCCUGCAGGAGCAGAGCCCGGGCAGCCAGGCCUCUCUGGCCAUGAUGCCGGAGGCGCCUGAAGUGCUGGAGGAGACAGUGACGGUGGAGGAGGACCCUGGCACCCCCACCUCCCAUGUGUCCAUCAUCACGUCGGAAGAUGGCACCACUCGUCGCACUGAGACCAAGGUCACCAAGACAGUCAAGACGGUGACCACUCGAACAGUGCGCCAGGUGCCCGUGGGCCCCGAUGGCCUCCCCCUGCUGGAUGGCGGCCACCCACUGGGCCCCUUCACCGACGGCCCCCUGGACCGACACUUCCUGCUGCGCGGGGGUGGCCCGGCGGCCACGCUCUCCCGCACCUGCCUUGGCAGCGGGGGCGGCUUUCCUGACGAGCCCCGCGACGUCCCCAGCUAUGGCAGCCUGUCCCGCGGGCUGGGUGUGCGGCCCCCGCGUGGAGGCCCCCUGGGCCCAGGCCCCGGUGAUGGCUGCUUCACGCUGCCCAGCCGCCGGGAGGCCUUCCCCGCAGGCCCUGAGCCUGGGCUGCCAGCCGGCCGCUCCCAGCCCGAGCGGUUCCAGGCAGAGCCGUAUGGCUUGGAGGACGACACUCGCAGCCUGGCUGCUGAGGACGAGGGGGGCCCGGAGCUGGAGCCUGACUGUGGCACAGCCGCGCGGAGGAGGCCAGACUGUGGGCGGGGCCUGCGCACCAGGGCCUACGAGGACGUGGCGGACGAUGGCGGUGAGCUGAUGGAGGAGCGGCCCCCCUUCCCGGCCACGGCGGCGCCCCUGGCCCAGCCGGAACAUGGCAGCCUGGGCAGCCUGGACCGGGCAGUGCGGCGCUCGCCCUCGGUGGACAGUGCCCGCAAGGAGCCGCGCUGGCGGGACCCCGAGCUGCCCGAGGUGCUGGCCAUGCUGCGGCACCCCGUGGACCCCGUGAAGGCCAAUGCGGCCGCCUACUUGCAGCACCUGUGCUUCGAGAACGAGGGUGUCAAGCGCCGCGUGCGGCAACUGCGGGGGCUGCCGCUGCUUGUGGCCCUACUGGACCACCCGCGGGCGGAGGUGCGGCGCCGGGCCUGUGGGGCGCUGCGGAACCUCUCGUAUGGCCGGGAUGCUGACAACAAGGCCGCCAUCCGGGACUGUGGCGGUGUGCCUGCCCUGGUGCGCCUCCUUCGGGCCGCCCGGGACAGCGAGGUCCGUGAGCUCGUCACAGGCACACUCUGGAACCUGUCGUCCUACGAACCCCUGAAGAUGGUCAUCAUUGACCAUGGUCUGCAGACGCUGACCCACGAGGUCAUUGUGCCGCACUCGGGCUGGGAGCCAGAGCCCAACGAGGACUCCAAGCCACGGGACGCUGAGUGGACGACUGUCUUCAAGAACACAUCAGGCUGCUUGAGGAAUGUGAGCUCAGAUGGUGCAGAGGCCCGGAGGCGACUCCGUGAGUGUGAAGGGCUGGUGGACGCACUCCUGCACGCCCUGCAGUCAGCCGUGGGCAGGAAGGACACGGACAACAAGUCGGUGGAGAACUGCGUGUGCAUCGUGCGGAACCUCUCCUACCACGUGCACAAGGAGGUGCCGGGGGCCGACAGGUACCAGGAGGCCGAGCCCAGGCCCCCAGGCAGUGCCAUGGGCGCCCAGCGCCGGAGGAGGGAGGAUGCCGGCUGCUUUGGUGGCAAGAAGGCCAAAGGGAAGAGGGAUGGUGAGAUGGACCGGAACUUUGACACUCUGGACCUACCCAAGCGGACUGAGGCUGCCAAAGGCUUCGAGCUGCUGUACCAGCCCGAGGUAGUGCGUCUUUACCUGUCCCUCCUGACGGAGAGUCGGAACUUCAACACUCUGGAGGCCGCGGCCGGUGCCCUGCAGAACCUCAGUGCCGGCAACUGGGUGUGGGCCACGUACAUCCGCGCCACGGUGCGCAAGGAGCGCGGGCUGCCGGUGCUGGUGGAGCUGCUGCAGUCGGAGACCGACAAGGUGGUGCGCGCUGUCGCCAUCGCCCUGCGCAACCUCUCGCUGGACCGGCGCAACAAGGACCUCAUUGGGAGCUACGCCAUGGCCGAGCUUGUGCGAAACGUGCGCAGCGCGCAGGCACCCGCGCGGCCCGGGGCCUGUCUGGAGGAGGACACAGUGGUGGCCGUGCUCAACACCAUCCACGAGAUCGUGUCUGACAGCCUGGACAACGCGCGCUCGCUGCUGCAGGCCCGCGGCGUGCCUGCGCUGGUGGCACUUGGCACCUCCAGCCAAUCGGUGCGCGAGGCAAAGGCCGCAUCCCACGUGCUGCAGACAGUGUGGAGUUACAAGGAGCUGCGUGGUGCCCUGCAGAGGGACGGCUGGACCAAGGCGCGCUUCCAGUCAGGUUCUGCUAAUGCCAAGGGCCCCAAGGCACCACCGAGUCCUGGAGGCUUGGACGAUAGCACGCUGCCGCUGGUGGACAAGAGCCAAGACGGCGAGAAGCCAGGCAGCCAGGACAUGAUCCCCAUGGAGGCACUUGGCCCAGAUGGAUACUCCACCGUUGACCGGAGGGAGUGCAGGGCUCGAGGCAGUGACCCUGCAGGGGAGGCCUCUGAGAAGGAAUCGUUGAAACCCGACCCCAGCAGGAAGGCUCCUCCUCCCGGGCCCAGCAGACCCGCGGUCAGGCUGGUGGACGCCGUGGGGGAUGCUAAGCCUCAGCCUGUUGACUCCUGGGUCUAGCUUGCAUGCCUGGGCCUGGGCCCAGCCGUUUGCUCUUAGGGUCUGAUCUCGGAAGAAGGGACCUCGGGAAAGGACCUCCAGGCGGCCUGCGCAGACCCCGCCGUGGAGCUGGGAGCCCCUGGCGGCGGGGGUAGGCAGCUCCUCUUUCCCUGGAGCUGUGGGUUCUGGACACGCCUGCCCUCCCGCCCUCUCUCCCCCCUUCUAACUCCCGGGCGAGUUAGUUUACUGAUAUGGUGCUGUGUGCCAGUGGGAGCCCGGCAGGGCCCAGGGCAGGGCACCCGGCUUUGCUUUGGGGCUGGUGGGGCCCCUGAGGAGCUGGGUGGGGGUGGGGCCCUGGGGCCCCGCAGCCAGGCAGGGAGGGGGCUCAGUGAAGGGAGUCUGAACCCAAGGGUGGAGGGGCUUCCCUGGGCCCUGAGUUGGGGGCGACCCACAGAGAGGCUUUGGAGGGCCCCGCCCACCCCUGGAUGCCUGGAGCGCCUUCCCUGCUCGGCUCUGGCCCCUGAGUAGCGCCUCUGGGACUGACCUUUGGGAGCAGCAGUGGGGGACUGCUGUUCAGUGCCUGCUGUUUGUUACUUAAAAACAAGAAAAACACUAAUGAAAACAAUUAAAAACAAAACCAAAAUAAGACUAUGGGUAAACAUCUAAAUUUUUGUAAGAAAAAUUAAAAAUUAAA